UGAAUUAUUGUCUCCUUCAAAUUAUUGCCAAUAUCAAACAAUUAUCUUUAUCAGACACAGACAAGUUAUUGUCAAAAUAUUGCACUGAAUGAUCAAUGUACUUUAUUCAAUUUAUAUAAAUGAAAUCGUAUUUUAAAAAUACUCCCUAUUAUUUAAAUUACGUGUAGUGCGUGGUAGACAAACUAUCAGUAUUCAGUAAUCGCAAAAUAUUAAAAACAAAAAUAAACACCGGCAUAUUCGCAACAAGUGUUGUUUUUAUUUUUCAAAAUGCAUAAAAUUUUACAUUUGGACUUAAAAGGAGCCCCUAUGCAAAUCCCUUUCUUGGAAGAGGUACUCAAAGCUGCAUAUAAAUGGGGCUGUACAGGAGUUUUGAUAGAGUGGGAGGAUACGUUUCCUUAUACCGGAGACAUUGCAGAGAUUGGUAGCAAUGGGCCAUGUAAUGGUGACAAAAUGUACACCAGGGCGGAAAUCAAGCAUAUAAUUAAAUGUUCAUAUGAUUUGGGCUAUGAUGCGAUACAAUUGAUACAAACAAUAGGACACAUGGAGUUUGUCCUUAAACAUCCUAAGUUCAAACAUCUCAGGGAAGAACGUAAAUCACCAGCAGUGCUGUGCCCGUCUCAACCGGAGUCCCUCGCCCUUGUAAAGGACAUGGUGCGACAGGCUUUGGACUUACAACCGGAUGCCAGAUACAUUCAUAUUGGAGCUGAUGAGGUUUGGCACACAGCAGUGUGCGACGAAUGUAAAAUACGAGCCAUGGGUAACGAGCAUGGAGUCGCGUCUUUAUUCUUGGAGCACAUUCGAGAAAUUGUCGCUUUUGUGAAGAAGUACGCACCGAUACGUGUGACUGUCCUGAUGUGGGAUGAUAUGUUACGUACCAUCAAUGUAGAGGCCUUGAAACAUUACAAAAUCGGAGAUUUGGUCCAGCCGAUAAUAUGGAAUUACAAUGUCAAAGAACAUUUUAAAUUCGCACCGCAAAUGUGGCUUUCUUAUCAACAGGUGUUCACAUUUGUAUGGGCUGGAUCCGCUUUUAAAGGAGCGAAUGGGAGUUCCAAGAUGGUGUCACCCAUCGAGCGUUACGCCAGCAAUCAAGAGGCUUGGAUGCAUUUGAUCAAAAACAACAAGCAUAAAGUUAGCUUCUUUGGGAUGAUCUUUACGGGAUGGUCGAGAUACGAUCACUACGCUACGAUGUGCGAGCUGAUGCCGGUGGCGUUACCGUGUUUGGCAACUUGCAUGAAUUAUUGGACUGAAAUAUACAGGAAAAAUGGUGAUAUCGUUAUAAUCGACGAUUUAACAGAGUGGCCUGGCAGGGAUUUGGCUGAAUAUAUCAUGCAAACGCUUGUGCCCUUGACGGAUCAAGCGAACAAUCUCUUACAUGGAGAUAUGGUAUCGACUUGGCUGAAUGCUUGGCAAGUGGAACAUUCUUUUACGUGUCCGACUCAAUUGGAAUGUAUUAAGGCGUCUUCAGAGGCAUUAUUGAGUAAUUAUGAAGAAAUACAACAGCCGUUGAUGUGUCAUCUAACGACGAUAACUGGGAAUCGAAGCGCCGAAGAAUGGAUGUAUACCAAUGUUACAGCGGUGGUGAACAAAAUAGAGGACAUCCGUAAUAUGGCUAUACAGAGGAUCAGUGCAGGAGCAAGUGUGAGACCCCGCUAAAUUAAAAAAAAAAACC